AUGUUUAUGACAAAUUUUCAAAUAAAUGAAACUGAUGCGUUCACAGUAAAAAAAAUUGAAGAAGCUUAUAAAAGAUUACAGGAAGCCGAGAACUGUCACUCUCUUUUGAAGAAACACCUUUCAAAGCAUAUACUUGAUAAACUGAAAUAUAAAAAAACGAAACUUGGCGCAUCCUUAUAUGAUGUUAUUCGUUCAGGCGUAUUUAAUUUGGAUGCGAGCGUUGGUGUAUAUGCACCGGAUGCAGAAUCUUAUAAGACUUUUGCACCCCUUUUUGAUAAGAUUAUACAGGAUUAUCAUGGAUUUUCAUCCAGUGACAUGCAACCACCAGUUGAUCUAGGUGAGGGAAAAAGUUCAGAUUUUCCUCCUCUUGAUCCAAAAGGAAAAUAUAUAAAGUCGACCAGGAUACGAUGCGGAAGAUCGCUUGAAGGUUAUCCUUUCAAUCCUUUGCUCACUCAAGAUGAUUAUUUAAUCAUACAGGAAAGGAUUAAAAAUGCACUGGCAUCGAUAAAAGACGAAGAACUCAAAGGAAUAUAUUAUAAGUUGGAUGGAAUGACUAACAGUGUACAACAACAAUUGACCAAUGAUCAUUUUUUGUUUAAAGAAUGUGAUCGACAUUUGCAACAGGCUAAUGCAUGCAAAUAUUGGCCAAAGGGUCGUGGAAUAUAUCAUAAUACCAAUAAAACAUUUUUAAUUUGGGUGAAUGAAGAAGAUCAUAUGCGAAUAAUCUCCAUGCAAAAUGGAAGCGCUGUUGGGGAAGUUCUGGAUCGACUCGUGCGAGGCAUUAAAGCACUGGAAUCUGAACUUUCUUUUUCACGAAAUAGUCGCUUAGGAUGGUUAACAUUUUGCCCUACAAAUCUCGGCUCCACUGUACGGGCCUCUGUGCACAUUCGAUUGCCCAAGUUGUCUGCUCGUUCAGAUUUCAAGGGAAUUUGCGAAAAACUCAAUUUGCAAGUACGUGGCAUUCAUGGUGAACAUUCAGAAAGUGAAGGAGGAGUGUAUGAUAUAUCAAACAAGGCACGUUUGGGCUUAACAGAAUAUCAAGCUGUCAAACAGAUGUAUGAUGGAGUAAAAGAACUCAUUCGUUUAGAACAAGAACAAAAGUAA